AUGGAUCUUUUCCCAGAAGCUAACGCUUACCUUGUCGAGAACUCUAUUGAGUAUAUCAUCGAAGAAUUCAGAAACAACUGCAGACAAGGUUCGAGUCUUAAAACGGCUCUUGCGAGGAUGUAUUCCGAACUCGCCUUCUACACAACUCCGUUCCGCGCCAGUCAUGAUAUGUCUACACUUACCAAUAUGUUCCAACAAAUCUCGGGCAAGAUCAUGGAUAAUUGUAUGAGUCUCCAUAGAUUUGAUCAUCUGGUUUAUGCAAUUUUCAAGAAUAAGCAUGAGCAAUUCAUCUUUGAUCCAUCCAUCAAAAUAAUUAUUGCUGAGCAAAAACAAAGCCCUUUAUCUGUUUUACUUGAUAGUAUCACUUCAUAUGCUAAAAGUUACACGGAAGUAAUGCAUUUUGAUGAGGUAGCCGAAAACUUGAAGAAUGACUUGAAGCUUGAUAUAGAUAAUCACGUAUUUCAUAGUUUCCGGAAUUUCUGGAGCAUCUUCUUUCUCAAUAAGAGAUGGUCCGAACAAACUUCUCGCAUUUGGGAAAGCUACCAAAAGUAUGAGGACGCCGAGAUGAAGAAAAGAUCUACAGAACUACAGAAGUUGGAAAAGCAAGAAGAUAUUCGUCAUCUAAAGAAUUUACAUCAGGCCACGAAAGAGAAAGUUUUUGUGAUAAACAUGAUGGAAAGCGAGGUAUGGGAAUGGCUUAACUUUUUCAAGGAAACAUUUUUAGAUCAGCUCCAAGGCUACUUGCCAAAAUCGUCGAUAGAACAUCCUGUAGUCAUUGAAAAGGAAGGCUUCCGGCUACGAGGACAGUAUUGUCGUACGGAGCUCACGCUACACGCAGCAGACACGGCGGACUUUUGCGAAACUGAUUUUAUGAUUAAAAGCAUCUAUUUACCGGCGGAUUUUCCUAUCGACGGGGAGGACAUAAAUGUGCUGGGCGAGCUCGAUAAAUCACCCUGCGGAAAUGUAAGGCAAGAGAAGUUUAUCCGACUAUCAAGAUCGGUCCGAGAAGUGUUUUGCGCUCAGCCUUUGCGACGAUUUAUGCACGGAUUCUGCUUGUUUCGAGAAGAAUUUGAACUUUGGCUUUUUGAUCGAUCUGGUGCUUAUGGCUCAGGCUUAUUAAGUAUUGUUGAUGACAAGGAGAUAUUGAUUCGGGCAAUAAACUCAUAUCUUCUGAUGAACAAUGAGGAACUUGGCCGCGAUAUGUCAAUCCUUCAGAAAGGUGAGGAUAAAGCUGUCCGGUUUCCCAAAUUUGGAAAUAUUGAAGGUCCAUUAUAUGAAAUCAAGUCUAAACCAUUAAUACAACCUAUGGGACUGUUCGGUCGGGGCACAACCUGCUACGAAACAAAGGUUGAAUCAAUCAUCAUCAAGUACUCGUGGAGUAGUUCGGAAAAAGAUACCGAAGCUGAAUUGCUAAAUAUCGUUUCCUCAGUACCUGGUGUUGUAAACUGUUUAACUUCAGAGUUAGUAUAUGAGACUAAAAGUCACCUGGAUGGGCUAGAUUUAUCCCGCGCCACACAUUGGAAAUUUAAUGCUGGUAAGAGGUACAUCUCGAAUAGCUCUCACGUAAACGCAGUAAAAAAACCAUCCAUGGAGAGAAAUCGCCGACUCACCAGGAUGGCAAUAACACCACGUGGCCGACCAAUUUACUCUAGUGGGUCGAUUCUUGAUUUUGUUGCUGGCAUCCGGGAUGCAAUCAAGGGACAUCAGGGCCUUGUAGGCAAGGGAAUUCUUCAUGGAGACAUUUCCGAAGGAAAUAUAAUCUUAUUGAAGCCAACUUCAGACGGUGACUUACACGGGAUGCUAAUUGAUUUAGAUCAGUCCUUUAAGAUGAAAAGAAAUCCGGUUGAGGAAAAUGUCGGGUUCUCAAUAGGUACUGUGAAGUUUAUGGCGCUUGAGAGACUACGUUCGGCUGCAAAAUCGAAUUUUCCCAUCCGACGGACUUGUCGCCAUGACCUAGAAUCUUUUUUCUAUGUGUUCAUUGUAGGAUGCAUAGAAUACGAAUUUGUCAAUGACAGGAAGUCUAAAAAUCUGAACGAUUGGUGUAAAAAAAGUUUAUUAAAUUGCUACUAUAGAAAACUUAGUGAGAUCACACCUUUGUCACCCCUUCUGGAUCAGUUCACGCCCAGUUUUGAAGGGCAUAAGGAACUAGCUCUAAAGCUACGGACCAUUCUGUUUCAUAAACAUAAAAUUUAUACAGAAACACCUCUAGAUUGUGGAUCUAUGUGCAGGGAAAUGAUACUAGCAUUCGACAAAGCUGUCAAGGACAUAAGAGCUGGAAGAAUCAAGAACAAAAUAUUCACAUCACGUCGAAGUUAG